AUGGAUCGUUACUUGGCUGCCACAGAAAAAGAAACAGAAAAAUACACUAUUAUGACAUCCAAAGAACUCGCCAAUGUCAAAUCAGCAGCAAAAGCACAAGUGGAUGCUGAAUAUGGAUCCAUUGAAACCAUUGGUAUGAAGAGAAAAGCAUUAGAUCCCUUAGAAUAUCAACGUAAACGAGCUGCUAUGGACAACUUUGAUGAAGAAAACAAUAGCAUCGAACAAGAUCAAGUGGACGAAAAGGUCUUUUUUGCUGUCAAUUAUGACAAAUUCAAUAUGGUCUUUAGAAAUGACUCCAUUGUUGAUUUUGCUACUGAGCGUAUCAAUCGUACUGCAGGUGAAAUUGUCAAGGCGUUCUUGGAAUACGGUAAAGACAAAAUGAAGAUGUUGAAAGAAAACGAUUCUCCUUCUGCUACACCUAUUCACAUUGCCAACAUGGUUUCCAAGACAGAUAUUGUGAGUAGAGGCGAUAUCAGUUUACCCAAAGAUCCUCUUGAGCCUAAAAAGGGCCCUAGUUUACAAGAAACAGUGCGUGGCUAUAUCACACUGCUGAAGACAGAUGCUGCUGGCUUUGUCAAGUCAAAAGAUGAACGAGGUGCUAAUCAAUACGCCAUCAAUUUUGAAAAACUACGUAACACAAUGAAACGAAAGAUGGUAGAAGGUCUUGUACGCGAACGUUAUGGUGUAGCCACUUGUCGUAUCAUGCGUAUCUUGAUUGAAAGAGGCAAAUUAGACGAAUCUCAAGUCCAAAAACUUGCCAUGCUGCCACCCAAAGACACACGAGAAAAACUCGCUUUGCUUAAAACAAAGGGAUUUGCUGAAAUUCAAGAAAUUCCUCGUUCUGCUGACCGUGCACCCAGUCGAUGUUUCCACUUGUGGUAUGUGCCAUUGGAUAAAUGCUAUGAAGAAUUGCUUGUGGAUGCCUAUCGUGCUAUUUGUAACUUGCAACAACGUAAAGAAUACGAAUUGAGUAUCCGUAAGCGAUUGAUUGAUAAGAUCAACAGAAAGGAUGUGGUGGAAAACCCUGAUCUCUUGAGUGAAGGUGAAAAGAAAGAAAUUGCCAACAUGGAUAAAAUUGUAGAACGAUUGGAAGUUGCAAAGUCAAGAAUUGACACUUUGAUUAUGAUUCUUAGAGACUUUUAA